AUGACAGACUUGCUCACACGCCAGGGCCCCUUGGCUCAAGUGUGGUUGGCAUCCAAUUACGAUAAGAAACUAUCCAAGCAACAAUUGCUCAAAACGAACCUUGUGCGCUCAUCAGAAUACAUUGCUAAACAGCCGAUCCAAACAUCCUCCAAAGACUCGAGUCAGCCCAUCACAUUGCGUCUCUCCGGCCACUUGCUAUUGGGAAUUGUGAGAAUCUACUCUCGUAAGACGAAGUACCUUUUGGAUGACGUGAACGAGGUUUUGUACAAACUCAAGAACUCUUUCAAGUUCGCCAGUGGUGCUACUUUGGGCACCAGUGCUGCCACAGUGAACUUGCCCCCUCAACAAACGACACUCAGCAACAUCAACAGAAUCAUGUUGCAGGAUCAAGUCACCGACUUGAAUUUACUCUACCAGGAUGACUUGGAUUUGGAUGACCACCCAGCGGAGCUUCUAAACCAGUUGGGCCGUGCUGACGCCCACACAGACGAUAUGGACCUUGACCGUUCAAUUGAGGUCGGCCGGGGUGUCGAUGAAAACCAGGACUUUGACUUAGAUUUUGAUUUGAGCAUGGAUAUGGACGCUUCUAUUGAACAGGGAAGGGAUGCUCAGGUCGCUAUGGCUGAUGCAGACCAGUCCUUGCUCGACAUUGGCUCAAAAGCCGCUCCUGAGCAGCCAUUGGACUUCGACUUGGGCGAACCAUUAGAAACUGUGUCCGAGUUACAAGCAGCUCAGGACAGUAGACCCACCGAAAGCAGACAAAGACGCAGGCUCGUCGGCGUCAGCGAGGAAGGUGUUGUGAAAACCACUAAAAGAAAAUUGAUUGUUGACUCAGCGGAGGAUCUCGAGCGUGGUCUUCCAACUGAGGUCUUGAGAAGUAUACAACACCUUCAGACAUUUGGACAUUUCUCAGAGGAACAUUUGACUAUCAAGUUGACCCCAGCACAAAAAUUGCAGCUCAUCAAAGAACUUGCUGGACCAAGCGUUGCCAAACGCAGAAAGAUCUGGAACAUUGACGAGGAAUUGGCUCAACGUGCUGAUCAACUUUCUGCCGAGGAGCAGCGUCAGACCAACCAACAGAGUGAGGAUUAUGAUCUAGAUUUCGACUUAUCGUUGCCAAGCCUUGAGUUUGAUAACGAUGAAAAUAACGCCAAUGACAAUUUGUUAGAGGACGGUACGUUAAGCAACGUCAAGACCACAACGCAAGUGGCUCAACAUCUUCGAAGCGCUUUUCUAGAUGAGCCAACCGUGUCACUCGACAACAUCAUAAACAGAGAUCUUGAGUUCAAGGACCCCGAGGAGGCCCCUCUUGGGAUGGUGAACAAAUCAGAAACUACCGUGGAAAUCAGCAAGCGUAGGGAGGCAACCAAGUGCUUCUUCGAGACAUUGGUGCUUGCUACCGAAAAUUGCAUUACGCUUGAACAAAAGCAAGCCGAGCCUACGAAGAUCGGUGGAGACAUUACCAUCAGGCCUCUCGAUAACCUUGCCGCCAAAUUCUUGUAA